AUUUGUUCACUAUUUUACUUCAAAAUGACUACUACCAACGAUACGAGUUUAGUCACUCAAGAAAGCUCAGUUACCAACAGGAUGAGCUCAACGAUGACAGAGAUUGUCACCAAGGCAACAAUAGCCAAGGAAUUAUGGACAUACUGUGCACCGCUGAUCAUUAUUGUCGGUACAAUAGGAAACAUUUUAUCUCUUCUCGUACUCACCAGGAAGAACAUGCGGAAAAGCACUUCUAGUAUUUAUCUCAGCGUCCUGGCUGUAGUCGAUACAACUGUACUUUACACUGGUCUUUUGCGACAUUGGAUACGUCACAUUUCCGACAUAGACAUACGGAGUAUCACACUUGGAGGAUGUAAAUUUCACAUAUUCCUAGUUUACUUUUUCUUGGAUUUAUCUGCGUGGAUCUUAGUUGCAGUAACGUUUGAGAGGCUAGUUGCAGUUUAUAUUCCCUACAAAGCUCGGGUAUACUGUACUAGUUUUACAACUUUCAUCACAGUUUGCGCCAUCUCUUUCGUUUUGUUUUUUAUUAACCUUCACUUCUUCUGGACAUACGGAGACAUCAAAAUAAAUGAUCGUGGUGAAGUGUUUGUUGCGUGCAUUAUUGCUGGUGAAAAAUACAAACAUUUCGCCAGGUACACGUGGCCAUGGCUUGACACGUGUAUCGCCUCUUUUAUCCCCUUCAUUAUCAUGUUCACAAGCAACGUGCUCAUUAUUAUUAAAGUUCGGAAGUUGACCUCAACGAACGAAUCGAAGAUGACAUCCAUGACGGCAAUGCUCCUCACGGUGAAUUUUGUGUUCAUUAUCUGCACAUCGCCUAUUGUUCUCUAUCUAAAUUUUUACGAAACGUGGUACCCGGGUAGUGAUGAAUUAACAAUUGCUAAGAGGAAGCUUCACUUUGCUAUAUGUAAUUUACUCAUGUACACAAAUAAUUCCAUCAAUUUUUUGCUUUACUGUCUAUCUGGUCCUGCGUUUCGCCGGGAGCUUCGAAAAUUGUUGAGGAGGAAGGGAAAUCAGGUCGGCCCGCACUCGAACAUUCAAAACCACACUGACGCAGGGACCGCAGCUGCUCAAUAAUCAUGAUAAUAGACUUCACAAAAGGAUUCAUAUUGUUGGAAAAUGUUUACUAUUUAUUGCAACUACAAUUAGAAUUCAUACUGGAAAUUGUACGUACGUUAUGUAUUUAUAUAUACUUACUGCCAGACGGACGGGUGAUUCUACGUGCCCACCAUGUGAAGCAAAUAAACACCCAUUACGUUGCUGGAUGAAGAGCAAUUACUAGUAAUCACCAUAAAACACAGACGUUAUUCAUUUAUUUAUAGAUACGAUCAAAAUAUAUAGCUAAAGUCGUCCCAAGCAAGGUAUAUUUCAUUUGUCUCAGUUGAGUAAUGGCUUUUCAUAAUUUCCGCAACAUUCGCAUAUACAAUUA